AUGGAACAACCAUGUAUAUUAUGUGAGGAAGAACAAGAGCCAGAACCGCAGCAGAACAUAGAAGAAACCAAACAGGUAGAUGAUGAAGAUGGUGAGCUGAUCUUUGUUGGGGUAGAACAUGUAAAUGACGAUGCUGAGCUGAUCUUUGUUGGGGUGACUUCAAAUUCAAAACCAGUCGUUUCAAACAUUUUGAACAGAGUCACCCCAGGUUCAUGUUCAAGGAGAAAAAAGUAUGGUCACCUCAGAAAAGGUACUACUUGCAAAUUGCAGCCUAUAAGUCAUGUGACCCCUGUAUCAGAAGCAGUGACUGCCUUGCCUGUUUCUGAAUCUGAAUCAAGAUCAACAGAAAGUCCUAUUAUUAUUGAGCCUUUGUCUAAACCUGAUUAUAAAAGUAAUUCACCACAAGUCGUGCCUAAUAGCUCUUCAGAGUUAUCUUCUCCUUUGAUUACAUUCACAAAUUCAUUGCAGCAUCCAGGUGGAGCAGCACUUUCUGUAGGAGGUAUGAAUAAAAGUCCUUGCAUAUCAAAGCAACUUUCUACUGCUGAAGUAAACAAUGUAAAUCCCAAAAGGCUUAAACUCAGUGAUGGAAUCAUAGGGGGACAUGCUUCAGCUUUGUCCCCUUCAGGUAUCUUUCAUACAGUGACUGCUGAGCAAAGCACACCCUCAAACAGUGUUCAUACCUCAUUAAGCCAUGUUCAGAAUGGAGCACCUUUUCCAACAGCUUUUCCAAAGGACAGUGUUCAUUUCAACCCUGCAGAUCCUGUUAAGGAAAAUAGACAAGCAAAAACAGAUUUUUUGAGACUAGCAAGUCAAAACCAGGUUGUUGAUCCCAAGAAAGGAAGUCUGGUCAUAUUACUUCGUGACUUUUAUUAUGGGCAGCAUAAAGGAGAUGGACAGCCAGAACAGAAGACUCACACAACCUUUAAAUGCCUCAGCUGCUUGAAAGUUCUAAAGAAUGUCAAGUUUAUGAAUCACAUGAAACACCAUUUGGAACUUGAGAAGCAGAGGGGUGACAGCUGGGAAAGUUACACCACCUGCCAGCACUGCCACCGACAGUUUCCCACUCCCUUCCAGCUGCAAUGCCAUAUUGAAAGUGUACACACUACCCAGGAGCCCUCCACUGUCUGUAGAAUUUGUGAAUUGUCAUUCAAAACAGACCAAAUUCUCUUACAGCACAUGAAGGACAAUCAUAAGCCUGGUGAAAUGCCCUAUGUGUGCCAGGUUUGCAAUUACAGAUCAUCAGCCUUUGCUGAUGUGGAAACACAUUUCAGAACUUGCCAUGAAAACACUAAGAACUUGCUCUGUCCAUUCUGUCUCAAAAUUUUCAAAACUGCAACACCAUACAUGUGUCAUUAUAGGGGACACUGGGAAAAGAGUGUUCACCACUGUUCCAAAUGCCGGCUACAGUUUUUAACUUUCAAGGAGAAAAUGGAGCACAAGACCCAGUGUCAUCAAAUGUUUAAGAAGCCUAAGCAACUGGAAGGAUUGCCUCCUGAAACAAAAGUUGUUAUUCAAGUGUCACUGGGACCUCUUCACCCAGAAUCAUUGGAAGUAGCAUCCAUUACUGUGAGCACGUCAGAUUCUGAACCGUCACCCCCCAGGUCUAAGAGUAAAGUUUCCAAAAAACCUCGUUAA